AUGGUCGACCAAGACCCCAAGAAGAGCCCUUCAAUUCCAUCAUGGCAGCAGCAAUACAACUCGGAACCAAAAGACAACCGCCCUCCUCCCUCCGAUGACCAGCCUCCGGAUCACAGCACACGACCAGCUUCGCCCUCCGCAGAGUUACCUCUACUCGAGCAAGCCCAGAGGUUCCUCGAAGAUGAUUCAAUACGAGACGCCCCUCGCGAACGCAAAGUCGCAUUCUUGGAGAAGAAAGGCCUUCAGGCAGAAGAGAUAGAAAAGCUCCUUGGACCUGAACGCCCCAACCCCCCGCCAACCUCUGAAGAAGCCUCUGAACUGAAAACAAUACAUGAUAGCAGCCAGACGCAGAUUCCAGAGAGAGAGGAGACAGAGGCGCCCUCAGACCCGGCCAGUGAGGAAGCGCCGCCGCAGCAGACAACAGCCGCGCAGAAGAAGCGAGACGUUCCUCCGAUCAUCACAUAUCCAGAAUUCUUGCUCAAACCGCAAAAACCGCCUCCGCUGGUCACCUUUGAACGUCUUGCUCAUGCAGCCUACGCUUUCGCGGGCGUGUCGGCCUUGACAUGGGCUGCAAGCAAAUACAUUGUGCAGCCCAUGCUCGAGACUCUGACCGAAGCUCGCCACGACCUUGCCGACACCGCAAGAACAGACCUUGAAACUCUGAACAAGAAACUCGAAUCCACCGUAUCCCACAUCCCCUACAUUCCGAGCAGCGCGGUGCUGCAACAACAACAAAAAGCCCAAGAUGGUGGCGACGACGUCGAAUCGGUAGAUUCAGACCCAACAGAACUGUUUCACCGCGACGUCGCAACACAGACUUCCCCUCGACCUUCUCGCUCCAUGUCAAUCUCUUCCUUUCCAGACAACGAAUACCACUACCUAUCAUCCGCACAAGAUCCCACGACCUCACAGUCUUCACGCCUGCGCUCCUUGCACUCCACGCUCUUCUCUUUGCUCAACUCCCAAAACAACAGCUAUUCUCAAGACCGCCUAAAAGACUCGGUGGGUGGCUUUCAAGCCGUUCUCGAUAAACUCGAAUCAAGCCACAACCCGUUCCAGGUCGAUUUCAUGGGGUCAGGAUCAUCAUUCACCAGCUACAGCGGACCGGGGUCGUCGUCAACAGCGACGGCGACGGGCACGGAUAGUAGUAAACAAAAGAAGCAACCCCCAGCCAGUGAGGCGACCAAGUUCAAGAACGAGAUCCGCGCGUUGAAGGGUGCUCUGCUCAGUUCGAGGAAUUUCCCCACGGCGAGGCCGGCUCAGCCGUUCACGUUACUUGCGAGAUGA